AUGUUGCCGGAGGAUGAACGGGUGAUUUGUUCCAUUAAGAAGAAUUUCAUUCUUCCAGAACAAAAGAAUGUGAUCAUGCAUCUACACAAAGUUCAGGAACAAAUCGGCUCGAAUGAUUGCGGGGCCCUUGCAAUAGCUUUUGCAUCAUCAUUAGCUUGUGGGCUAAAUCCCACAUGUUGUUCAUACAAACAAGAAAACUUACGAGCAGAGUUGGCAAAAGUAUUCACCUCCAAACUUUUUCAUCCGUUAGAGAAGAUUACCAACAGAAAGAGUAAGCCAAAAAACAUAGAGAUAAAUCUGUACUGCACCUGCCGUUUGAACCACAUUCCUCACAAGAUCGAUGUUAAGGAGAACAUGAUCACUUGUGAUCGAUGUGGAGAAUGCAUGAACCUCUUAAACGCGAGUGAUUUGGAAGAAGUAAGAGAAGAAGGCAGACAGUUCCAGAUAAGAGGGUCGGAAAAGGCAAAAGCAGACUUGGCAAAAGAAUGUCUAACAGAUAAGACAAAGAAAUUAUUAGAAAAAGAGGACUGGAGAUCAACUCACAUUGGUUUUAUUCUGUUAAAAAUCAGUGUGUCAAUAUAA